GGUGAGUCUCCCGGCUGCUGCUCCGUCUGGGCCCACUGCCUCCACUGCCUGUAUAGCUGCCACUGGAAGAAAUGCCCCAAAGACAGGACACAAACCAGCCAGGUAAAGUACGGAUGGGGUGGGGUGGUGGGGCAGAAGUCCAAGGCAGAGGCCACUCGGAGGGGAAAAGAAGGCCAGGUGUGUUCAGAGACAGCGGAGGGGAGGGGAUAGGGAAGGAGGGGGCUUUCUCUCCCAAGGAGGAAAAUCCCCUCAAACAUGGAAAGAACUACCUGCAAAAGCAAAGCACCCCCAUGCCUGGCAGGAAGCCCCCUUGAGCUGCCCUCCGUUGGGGUCUCUGAGCUGAAGUGGGGCUGGGCUGUGAGCUUCUCUCCUGCCCCUCUGCAGUGUGAAUGCAUCUGGUUUGGCCUGCUCUUCCUCACCUUUCUCCUCUCCCUGGGCUGGCUGUACGUCGUGCUCAUCCUUCUCAAUGACCUGCACAACUUCAAUGAAUUCCUGUUCCAGCACUGGGGACACUGGAUGGACUGGUCCCCGGCAUUCCUGCUGGUCAUCUCUCUACUGGUCACAUACGCAUCCCUGCUCUUGCUCCUGGCCCUGCUCCUGCGGCUCUGUGGCCAGCCUCUGUGCCUGCACACCGCCCACAAGGUGCUGCUGCUCCUCAUUAUACUUCUUGUGGCCGCUGGCCUUGUGGGACUGGAGGUCCAAUGGCGGCAGGAGUGGCACAGCUUACGUCUGUCACUGCAGGCCACAGCCCCAUUCCUUCAUAUUGGAGCAGUUGCUGGCAUCACUCUCCUGGCCUGGCCUGUGGCUGAUACCUUCUACCGUAUCCACCAAAGAGGUCCCAAGAUUCUGCUACUACUCCUAUUUUUUGGAGUUUCCCUGGCCAUCUACCUGGUGCCCCUAUUCAUCUCCUCAGCCUGUAUCAUGGAACCCAAAGACUUACCCCCCAGGCCUGAGCUGAUGGGACACCGAGGGGCCCCCAUGCUGGCCCCUGAGAACACCCUGAUGUCCCUGCGGAAGACAGCUGAAUGUGGAGCUGUCGUGUUUGAGACCGACGUGAUGGUCAGCUCUGACGGGAUCCCCUUCCUCAUGCAUGAUGAGCGCCUGACCAGGACCACAGAUGUGGCCUCUGUGUUCCCACACCGAGUCAACAGCCACAGUAGCGACUUCUCCUGGACUGAGCUGAAGAGACUCAAUGUCGGGGCCUGGUUCCUACAGAGGCGACCCUUCUGGGGGGCUAAGCAGCUGUCAGGCCCUGAUCGGAAAGACGCUGAGAAUCAGACAGUGCCAGCCCUGAAAGAAAUACUGAAAGAAGCUGAAGCCCACAACCUUUCUGUCAUGUUUGACCUGCGCCGCCCCCCACAAAACCACACAUACCAUGACACUUUUGUGAACCAGACAUUGGAGACUGUGCUGAGUUCAGGGGUGCCCCAAGCCAUGGUCCUCUGGCUACCGGAUGAAGAUCGGGCUCAUGUCCAACAACAGGCACCCCAAAUGCGCCAGAUAUAUGGACAUCUGGGAGGCCACAGCACUGAGAGGCCCCAGUUUCUCAACCUCCCCUAUCAAGACCUGCCACUGCUGGAUAUCAAAGCACUGCACCAAGAUAAUGUCUCGGUGAACCUAUUUGUAGUGAACAAGCCCUGGCUCUUCUCCCUACUCUGGUGUGCAGGGGUGGAUUCGGUCACCACCAAUGACUGCCAGCUGCUGCAGCAGAUGCGUUACCCUGUCUGGCUUAUUCCCCCUCAAACCUACCUAAUGAUGUGGAUCGUUAGCAAUUGUGUCUCCAUCCUGCUGCUUUUGUGGACCUUCCUCCUCCAACGGAGAUGUGCUAAGGAGAGAGAGAGAACCGGUAAGAACUUUCUCCCCUCACCUCAUUUUUCUCCUCCUCUACCCUUCCCCUUGCUCACUCCCUAUAUGCCCCGCUCCCCAGGCUUAGAAACAGCAGUGCUGCUCACCAGGAUCAACGCUUUCAUAAUGGAGUGAAUACCCUGUCAUGGACCCCUACCAGCCAAAGUCUGAGGCCUGUGUGCAUUGGCCAACAGCAAGGAAGAGAGAAUGGCUGAGGUGGAAUGUUGGUGGGGUUGGCGUGGGGUGAACUUUGCCAGCAGGAGGUUUUGAACUAUGAGGGCCCUCUGCCCAGAUGGUGGCAUGCCCCAAGCUUCCAUGGAAUCUGUUCCCCUUGGGAUUUUGACCUGAAGUGGUUAGGAAGACACUGAGUCACCAGAAGUUUCUCCCCAAAUGAAACUAGAACAGAGGAAGAGGCAAGGAGAUUGCCAAGAGAAUGUUUCUGAUCUGUGUGCACGUGUUCUUGUGUAGAAGGCACAGGGUGUCAGGGACAGGACAGCUUGGAACAGUGACUGAAGGAGAUGACAAAACGGCCUUUCCUGGAGAACUAUAAGAUGAUGGAGAUAUCGACCUGGCUGUCUCCCCUGACAUAUGCAAUUUAUCUGACUUCCUGCCUAGAGCCUGGGGGCCAAAGAGCCCAUCUAGCCAUGUAAUUCUGUGCCUACAGGUGGCUUUUGCUGUGCACAGUCUUUUCUUCAAGACACAUU